AUGCGUGCAGUGCUCCGGACGGCCAGCAGGUGGCACUGUUUAGAUUCAGAACGAAGCUGCUCAGAGGAGACAGCACCGGCCGUCAGAGAGAGCACAGUCCGUCCCGUCCCACUUCCACUGAGUGUCCUUGGACGGGGCGGGGGCAGAGACUCGCUACUGCCCCCUGGUGACAGCUGUGGGACGCCCCGUGUGGACUUCCAGGAUAUGAACCGUCCAGAUAACAUUCAACAAGACACUUUAGACCGAGAACUGUGUGAAGAAUCUUUGGUUGUGGUUGGAUGA